UCCCCUCUGAACAAGCCGCGAGCACACAUUUCAGAAUUUUGCAUCGUGGAUGGAAGUGUGGGCUAUGGCGAUGUUGCGAAGCUUCACGCUUGCCGAACCUUAGGUUGACUACGUCAUGGGUGUCCAUCUCUAGCUUUCCGUCCGCAUUCGCACCCUCAGCUCCGUGCUUUCACUGCAAGUCGAUCUGGGCCCUGCUCUCUCUCCCUCUCCCUUUUUUUUUUUUUUUUUUGUUUUUUUUUUUUUCCUCUCCUGUGAUUGAUUGGAAUUCUGUACACUUUAGCGCAAGAAGUUGGUAGCUUGCUCGGUUAUAGGGUUUCUGGAUUUGUCGCUUAUGUGGAAGUCUUUCAGCAAUUCUUGUUUGCAUGCCGUUGUCUACAAUUUUUAUCGAGUUAUUCGACCAGUACGGAGUUGUUGAGUUGUUCGAGUUUUUGGGUUGACUGGUUUGGUGGGUUUGAGAUUUAGAAAUUGGGGGCUCUAGUGGCAGUGUCUGUAAUUUCGCAACUUGGAUCUUGGCAGUUCUUAAUGGCAUUGCAGCAUUUUGAGCGUAGCAUUGUUGUUGCCGUUUCCUCGUUAUGAGCUUGAUGUUCUUUUCUGUCUCUGCUAUUGUCGGCUACAGUGGUUCCUUGUACUGUCGUAAGCGAGAAAGUAGUAUUUAAUUGCCUCCUGACUCAUCAGCGGGCACCUUUCGCGUGUGGAUUUCUAUCCUUGGUUGUAUAUGUAGUCGAGUCAGAGAGAAUUUAGCAAAAAAAUGUUAUGUCGCUGAGUUCUCUUCACAACGCAACGGUGUAAAGUAUUGUCAGUCUUGGAAGUCUCGUGCAUUGUUUUAUAGCCCAGCUUAUUUUGAUAUCUACAUAACUGAGAGAGAAGUUUGUAUUUGGGCACAAACUCUUGUAUGACAACGAUAUCGAAUCAAGGAGUGAGGAUAGCAGCUUGCGGACCUGGAAUCAAGAGGGGGGUUGCGGCCUAAGCUGGAAAGGAAAAUAUCUUCAGAAUGUAUCAGGUUCAAGGGAAAAAUUAUACAAACAUGGAAUUAGUUCCCGCAAAUGGUGCUCAGUCGGCAUCCAGCAACCAAGACAUACCUUCAGCAUACGGUGCUACCUUUUCUAGUGAUGGGGGGGUUAGCUCGGCAGACCCAAAACCUCGUUUGCGAUGGACCCCGGAGCUUCAUGAGCGCUUCGUCGACGCGGUCGAGCGUUUGGGUGGCGCCGAUAAAGCUACUCCGAAAUCGGUGAUGCGGGUGAUGGCCGUCAAGGGUCUCACUCUUUAUCAUUUGAAGAGCCACCUCCAGAAGUUCAGGCUUGGAAAGCAGCUCCAUCGAGACAGUAGUGGGCAUGAAGGCGCCAAGGGUGGAUCUGCUGAUAUUCAAGUUACAAUCAGCGCUUGUAGCGAUGGGCCAAGCACUCCGAAACCCCAGAAUCAAGAAAGCUUUCAAAUAUCUGAGGCCAUUCGGAUGCAAAUGGAAGUUCAGCGCCGAUUGCAAGAGCAACUUGAGAUACAAAGGCAGCUACAAUUGAGAAUUGAAGCUCAGGGCAAAUACUUGCAAUCCAUCCUUGAAAAGGCUAAAGAAGCACUAGGUAGUCAUAUCGGAGCAUCUCCAGGCCUGGAAACAGUACAUGCAGAGCUUACAGAGCUGGCUUCAAAAGUGAACAGUGAACCCAUGAAUAUGUGUUUUCCUCCAUUGACGUUACCGGAACUUCCAACUCAAAGUGCAGACGCAAGAAUUGGAAACCUUCCACGUCAAGAGUCUCGUGUAUCAGAUAGUUCUUCACAAAAAAGCCAUGUUACCAAUGGCGCAGCAAACCCUGAGGACAGUGGUGGUGCCUCUGCGAGUUGCGAGAACCAAGCAUCAAUAGGGAUUCAAAAAUUCGAGACCUGAAGGGCACCUCAAGGCCACCCCGUCCAUGGGAGGUCCUCACCUAAAGUAAUACCUAGGAGCACGUUUCCCCUCUUUUAAACAAGGUAGUUGCUCUGUGCUAUCUUUUUCUUUGAUAAAGUCCGUGUUUGUCAAUAACCCUUAGAGAACAGCAGCUGGAAUGAUUCUCUAGCUGCAUUAUGAACCGUGGGUUAUUCCGGAAUGUUUUUGCAGGAAAGUUGUAGUUUUUCUAGAACGAAAGGUGUACAGAGAUGCAGUAUUAUGUAGCAUUCUCUCGAUUGACCUCUGCUAUAUAUCUCGUGGUCAAGGUAACAAGCACUUAUCUCUGCUAAGAGUCGUGCAUUAAGAGUUUUGAACCGUACAUGUAAAUACAAUGCCACUUGAUAAGGGAUGGAAGGAGUUAGUCAUCUCAAUUUUGCACUCUUCUAGAUUAUAGUGAAGACUGAGUUGGAAUUAGUGAUAUGAGUUCAUCGAAAGAGCCUUGUAAUUACAUAUUAUUGUUGCUUACGCUUUGAUUUGUGAAAUCGUGUAAGCUUGAUGGUCCAAGCUGGGUUUUCCAAUUCAUUCUGCAACUUUCUCUACAUUUAACAUGACAUCUCAAUUCUACUGGA